AUGAAUUUUCUAUCACUCAAUGUAAGGGGGGUGGGUGAAGAUGCGAAAGUCAGCUGGGUUAGGAGGCUAAAGAUCAAACAUAAGGCAACCUUUGUUGGUUUACAGGAAACUCAGUUGUCGGACUAUUCAAAUAUUGAUGUUAAAGGUUGUUGGGAUUCAAAUGAUUAUGACUUUGUUGGGGUCGAUUCCAGUGGUCGAUCGGGGGGUCUCAUAUCUAUAUGGGAUACCAGACUUUUUCAAAAAGGAGAUGUUAUUAAGAACCGUAACUUUCUAGUAGUUAUUGGUAAAUGCAAGAACAAAGAUGGUAUACUGAAUAUUGCUAAUGUGUAUGGUCCUCAGUCCCCAACUGAAAAGAAGAACGUAUGGACGGAACUACUUAGUAUCAUAAAAUUAAGACCUGGCAUGUGGGUUAUGUUUGGAGACUUCAAUGUAGUGUGUGAACUUGGUGAGAGGUGUAACUCCCAAUUCUGUCCUGCUAGCGCCUUUGCCUUCAACACAUUCAUCCAGGAAGCUAAUCUAAAGGAUUUUAACAUGGGCGGUGAAAGAUUUACAUUUAUGAGCAGGGCUGAUGCCAAAUUAAGCAAGCUUGACAGAUUCUUGGUCUGUCCAAAAUUCUUGUCAUCUUUUCCUCUUAGUUCUGUGACAGCACACCCACGUGAACUAUCCGAUCAUUGUCCCAUUACCCUAUCAUCUGCCAUGUCAGAUUUCGGGCCAAUACCGUUUAAACUUUUUAACUCUUGGCUCCUUAGGGAUGGCUUCGAUCAAGUUGUAUCCGAAGCAUGGAAUAAAUUUAAAGGGUAUGGUACUCCUUAUAUGGCUGCUAAACUCAGGUUCUUGAAGGAGAUGAUUAAGAAGUGGCGGUGGGAAGGGGAUCAAAAAGAAAAAAAAAAGUGUUCAACGACACUUUGA